AUGGGCGCUUUCCCCAGGCGCUAUGGCUCUUUAUGGCUCUAUGUGAUUAUUAUUAUUAUUAUUGUUAUUACUACAGCAGGGAGAGCAGUUUGGGGCUCUAACGUGUGCACAUCCAGAGGGGCCAGCACAUGUAAGCAGUGUCUGGCCGUUCACCCCAGCUGUGCAUGGUGUGUUCAAGAGGACUUUGGCCAUGGUAUCGUCAGCUCGUCCCGCUGUGAUCUGAAGAGGAACCUGGAGGCUUCGGGCUGCGCUGCCUCCUCCAUCGAGUCCCCCCACAGUAAACUGCAGGUGAUGGAGGACCGGCCCCUGAGCAGCAAAGCAGCAGGGGCCACACAGGACGUCACUCAGAUCAGACCUCAGAGACUUCACGUCACACUCAGACCAGAUGAUGCCAAGCGUUUCGUUGUGAAAGUGCGUCAGGUGGAGGACUACCCCGUGGACCUGUACUACCUGAUGGACUUGUCUUACUCCAUGAACGACGACCUGUUCCGGUUGAGAACCUUGGGCCGUGGUUUGGCCGAGGCCAUGAACCGCACCACCAGUAACCUCCGCAUGGGCUUCGGGGCCUUCGUGGACAAGCCGCUGUCUCCUUAUAUGUACAUCUCACCCCAGGAAGCCGUGAACAACCCGUGUUUCAGCAUCAACACCACGUGCCUGCCUCAGUUCGGUUACAAACACGUGCUGUCUCUGACGGAGGAGGUCGCCCGCUUCACGGAGGAGGUCAAGAAGCAGAUGGUGUCCAGGAACCGCGACGCCCCCGAGGGAGGCUUCGACGCCAUCAUCCAGGCCGCGGCGUGCACGGUGAGCAGCCACAGCCGCUCAUCACCCACAGGUGCUAAUCACCCACAGGUGCUAAUCACCCACAGCCGCUCAUCACCCACAGGUGCUAAUCACCCACAGCCGCUAAUCACCCACAGCCGCUCAUCACCCACAGCCGCUAAUCAUCCACAGGUGCUAAUCACCCACAGCCGCUCAUCACCCACAGCCGCUAAUCAUCCACAGGUGCUAAUCACCCACAGCCGCUCAUCACCCACAGCCGCUAAUCAUCCACAGGUGCUAAUCACCCACAGCCGCUCAUCACCCACAGCCGCUAAUCAUCCACAGGUGCUAAUCACCCACAGCCGCUCAUCACCCACAGCCGCUAAUCGCCCUCUGAUCACAUUCUCCGGCCGCUCUGUAUGA